UUGCGUGCCUUCAUGAUGACGUAACUGUUUUCGUCCAUCCAAGGUGAUUAUGCUGUUGACUUGACGCACACGGCGAUGUAGACGGUGGCAAUGUCGUGGAUGGACUCGUGGAGCCGUCCGUCCAAGGGCCAAGCCACUCCGCCGCCGUUCUACCUGACGCAUGGAGAUCAGGUACCAUACUGUCACACUUGCGGGAGAGUCAUCGGCGCACGACGUGCCAAUACUUCCAAGGCAUCGUCGACAGAAGUAAAGUACUGCUCCGACAAAUGCAAACGACACAAGCCGUCUUCAGCACCGGACAGUCUUGACAGCCGAAUCGAUAAUGCGCUUGUGGCGCUGCUUCAGGGCAGAGUACCUACCGGGGCGGAAGACGACCUGGCUGUUACUUCGAAAGCGAAGCAGAAGCUGAAGAAAGGCGAUCCUCGCAUCGUCGUCAAGCUCAGUGAGCUUGAGAUCGCGGUUUUCGGGGACCGCUCUGACCCUAACAAAGUUUACGGCCGCAGAAAGAACAGAGCUCCCCGCUUCAUUUUAGAGAGUGGCGAAUGGAAGAGCGUCGACAUGGAAGACGCCGAGCCGACGCCGACCACCGAAACAGACAUGGACACAGCAGGCUCACUUACCGACGAUAGCAUAGAUGAUCCGCCGGGUGGCGUGAGCAUCAACAAUCACGUCCGUGCACCGCAGAUUGAAAGCGAAGUGAAUUUCAGCGCUGGCGGCGGGGAACGGGGCUGGGCGGAGAAGAUCGAGGAGACGCCUGAGAUGCUUGUUAAGCGACGGGAGGGCCAGAAGAGGGCGGAGGAGAAGGAGAUGGUGAAGUCUGCUGCAAGGCGGGCCGUUGCUUUUGGGCUGCUGGUCGAGUUGCAGGUUGAGGCGAAAGGCAAGCGGGUGAAGAAGGGGCAGGAUCCCAGUAACGACGUGCCGCAAAAGGUUCGCAGGAAGUGUGAAGCACUUAUGAACGAGCAAGUGGUAGAGCCUAGCUUUGCCAAGGGUGAUUGGUCGAUCCGGUGGCGAGAAGACUGAGCGACAAUCUCCAAGU